GGUGAGACUUCAGAGAAAAGGGACCACUUAUGCACUGAUGGUGGGAAUGAAUGUAAAUUAGUCCAGCCACUGUGGAAAGCAGUCUGGAGACUUCCUUAUUUUUGAAAUAAUGAAAUCUUUUUAGCCAACAAAUCAGAGGAACUCUCAAAGUCAAAUUUCUCUAUUUAGUCAGUCAAGAAAUAUUUAUUGAGCAACUACUAACUGCCAGGCACUGUUCUGUGAGUUGGGAAUAUAGCAAUUAAUAAAACAAAACUUGCUUUCAUAGACCCUAAAAUUUAGGGGGGUCCAAUCUUUUGGCUUCCCUGGGCCACACUGGAAGACGAAGAAUUGUCUUGGGCGACACAUAAAAUACAGUAAUACUAACAAUAGCUAAUAGGCUAAAAAUAAAAUAACUGCUUUUUUCCUCUCUGGCUGUGUAAGGAUAGGCCGCCAUCAUGAACGACACAGUAACUAUCUGCACUAGAAAGUUCAUGACCAACCAACUGCUUCAGAGGAAACAAAUGGUCAUUGAUGUCCUUCACCCCGGGAAGGCAACAGUGCCUAAGACAAAAAUUCAGGAAAAACCAGCCAAAAUGUACAAGACUACACCGGAUGUCAUCUUUGUAUUUGGAUUCAGAACUCAUUUUGGUGGUGGCAAGACAACUGGCUUUGGCAUGAUUUAUGGUUCCCUGGAUUAUGCAAAGAAAAAUGAACCCAAACAUAGACCUGCAAGACAUGGCCUGUAUGAGAAGAAAAAGACCUCAAGAAAGCAACGAAAGGAACGCAAGAACAGAAUGAAGGAAGUCAGGGGGACUGCAAAGGCCAAUGUUGGCGCAGGCAAAAAGUGAGCUGGAGAUUGGAUCACAGCCGAAGGAGUAAAGGUGCUGCAAUGAUGUUAUCUAUGGCCGUUGUGGAUUUUUCACGAGAAGCUUAGUAAACUAAAAACUUU